GUGCGUGUCAUACGGUCACACUGCGGCCUAAUUUUAAAUUUAAUUUUAAGAAUAGAGUUUGUUUAUGUUUAAAUGUUGAAAAAUGCAAAAUUCAUUGAACCCCAAAGAACCAAGCGGGAACGGCUCUUCACAGGAGGACAUAAGUCUACGGCUGGCCGCUUUAAAUCAGUGGCAGGAUGAACAGAAACGUCUCCUUCAGGAGCGUCAGCAGAAUCAGCGUCAAAUGCUUGGAUUGGAGCAACGAAAUAUGUAUAAAAUGUUGGGUCUUCUUAACAAGGAUACAGACACUCAAAUGGGAGACGAUGACGAGCGAGAACAGUCGGAAAAGGAAGAAUUUCUAGAAAUGCCAGAAAUGGCAAAUACAAAUGAAAGUCAGAUAAACCUAAAACCACAACCAAAGCGUCCGUUCCUGAAACGUGGAGAAGGCUUGAAGCAGCGUUUCAAAAUUAGUCCCGAUGAACUACGCCUAGACAAUUUACCCCGCUACAAGUUUGCCAAUGCUCAUCCUCAAUUUCGGAGAACUAUGCCAGUGUCUAAAAAGAGUAGUUUAAAAAAGCCUGCACCUAUUCGCAAAGAAUCAGUUCCCCCGCCCCUAGAUCUUCAGGAGCAGCAGUUUCAGGAGUUACUAAUAAAAUCUAAGAAUUUUUGUCAGUCUACACCUGAUCUCAAGUCCAUUACUUCCUCCGCUUCCCACUCUACUCACUCAACUAAUUCGUCAGCCAAAGUUCGCUUUGCGGAACAAACGGCAGAUGAUGAGAUGACGGAAUCCUCAGAUCCAAGUCCGUUGGUAGGAGUGAAGUGGGCUCAGGUUUUGGAUACCCAAAAUAUCAAAGCCAUGCCACUUAUACAAAGGAGAUCGGCACAAAUACGAGUCGAGGACGACUCCAAUGUUAGCAUUUUUGAGUUACUUGAGCAAAAAGCCACAGAGGGUAAUUUUGAUAUGAACUCCAGUUGCAUUAGAACCUUUAUGGCCCGAAAAGAUCAGCGUCAACGAGAGGACAUAAAAAAUGAAACAGAUCAGAUAAUACUUACACAACAAAUGAGGCAUCUUCGCCUUCAGCCAGAGAUCAAAGAAAUUUUUGAGGAUAAAGAUGAGGAAGACCAGGAGAGGGAGCCGCAACAAGAGGACGAGGACGACGAGGAGGAGGAUUCAACAUUGACCACCCAUCAAAGAGGAAAACCCCAAGUUCGGGUCCGCUUCUCAGACUCAAAUGACACCCACUCGUAUUCUAAUGAAUCUACUUUAACCGACAAUGUACAACUUUUUGAACAAUUCAAAUCCGCCCUUUUCCAAGCACUGGAGAAAAACAAGCAACCAUCUGCAAGCUCCCAGGAGCAGGAAGAUCUUCAAUCUAAAGCAAAUUUGGUACGCCAACGACUUGAAGAAUUGGAGCAGGAGAUAGCCACCUUUAAAGCACAAAAUUUGGAACUUCUUCGUCUUAAACAACAACAUGAAUUGAAUCAAGCCAAAUGUCAGGAGGAACAUCAAGAAGCCAUGGAUCGCGUUCAUGAUGAGAAAAUUCAAGCUGAAAUCUAUUUACACGACGAACGCAUGAAAAUCGAAGAGGAACGUCGCAAGUUCGAUCAACAAAUGCGUCUCCAAAAGAGCAGUGCUCAUUCGAAUAAUAAGAAAGAAAUAUCGGCCCUCAAACAGGAAGUGGAGCAGCUGCAACUUCAGCUUAAACAGAAGGAGCAGCAGCAUGUUUCAGCCCAAGCUCGUUUACGUGCCCAAUUAAGGGCCAGCGAGAGAGAGCAGAAAAACUAUCGCGAUGAGAUCGAGCUAUUGCACAGAGAGAACAAACGUCUCGAGCAGGAGCUAAUCAAGAUUGGUCGUGAAAAUAAUACCAAAAUGUUGCAAGAGAUCAAUAGAAAUAUAGCCAGAUUAGCGCCAAAAGUGCUACCUACAAAGACCAUUACUCAAGUCCUUGAUGAGAAUGGCAGACGCACGAAAUCCCUGGACGGCGUGCCAUCCAAAGCUCCGAACAAACCCAAUUCUAAGCCACGUCGAUCGUGGAGCAGAAGUAAAAAGAAACCAGAAUUGGAGGAAAGUGAAGAUGCAUCAAGCAAUUCUGAUAACUUCGAUGAAGACGAAAGAGUUGUCACACCGCAGGGUGCCAAAGAGCAAGAACCAACAGCUUCAAAAAAGUCAGAAGCUAAUACAGAUUCCAGUCCACUCAGCGAUUUAAAACGUGAGAUUGUCAAUGCGGAUGGAAGCCGAGAUAUUUGGUAUCCGAAUGGCAACCUAAAGAAAAUUAGUGCCGAUGGCAUGACCAUAAGAAUGCUAUACUUUAAUAAGGACAUAAAGGAAACGGACAUACGCGAGGGCACCAUUAAAUAUUAUUAUAAUGAGACCAAUACUUGGCAUACAACAUAUUUAGAUGGAUUAGAAAUUCUUGAAUUUCCAAAUGGCCAAACUGAACAUCGUCAUAAAAAUGGCACCAUUGAGAUACAUUUUCCCAAUAACUCCAUUAAAGUGGUAGAUCCUAAUGAUACGGAAAAACUUGAAGAAUGGCGUUACGCCGAUGGCACACAUUUGGUUCAGUUGAGAAGUGGUGAUAAGAUACUUAAUCUACCAAAUGGACAAAAAGAGAUACACACGAAAUUGAAUAAACGUCGAGAAUAUCCAGAUGGUACUGUUAAACUAGUUUAUCCCGAUGGAAGCCAAGAGACACGCUAUUCAAAUGGUCGCGUGCGACUGAAAGAUAAAGAUGGCAAACUGAUAAUGGAUACGGAUUAUGCCAAGUAUUAGCUGAAUGAAAUAUAAUUGUUAAAUGUAGAAUUACAGCACUUAAUGAGAUUAAGUUCUAAGAUGUAGAUAAAAUUCCAAUAACUUCAUAAAUUGUAAAGUUAUGUUAAAGCAUGAAAUUAAACACAAUGAUUUUACAAAGAAGGAUAUAUUAAAACAUUAAAAACAGAAAA